UCGGCGAGGAACCAAUGCACGCGCAGGGAAGGCGUGUCUUAGCUCUUCCCUAAGACCUCCCAGAGCAGGUUGUUGCGUUUUGGGCUCUAAAGCUCAAAGAUCUCCGAAGUGCUUGUCAGUUUUCUAAGUCGGAGCCAUGGCGACAACAGCUCAGUAUAUUCCGCGGAAUAACUCAUUGCCUUCGAACCCGCUAAUGCAUCCGGAUUCGGACAGGAUGCACCAGGGGACGACCUACAGAGAGGUGCAGAAAAUGAUGCACCACGAGUACUUACAAGGGCUAGCGACCAACACGGGACAUCCGAUGAGCCUAACGCACCACCAGUGGCUGCCCACCUCCAACACCGACUGGACCAGCGGCACCCACAUCGGACAAGCGGAGCACAACAAAGGCAGCGUGCAGAGCAGAGAAGACCUGGGGAACGGCUAUCACAGAUCGCAUCUGGUCCACCAGCCGACGCAAAACAGCCACCACGGAUCAUGGGCGCCGACCACAACGCACCACUUAUCCCCGCUCUCGCCCGCCUCCAACGGUCACCAGUCGCUGGUCUACUCUCAGACGGGCUACACUAUGUUAAGCCCCCAGCCGUCGCUGCACCACGGCUUGCGGGACCCGCUCCACGACGACGCGGGGAGCCAUGAUAACCAGAUGGAGUCACCUCAACAGCCGUUCGGCCACCAUCAGGACCACUCGGACGAAGACGCCCCAAGCUCCGACGACCUGGAGCAGUUCGCCAAACAGUUCAAGCAGAGGCGCAUCAAACUUGGUUUUACGCAGGCGGACGUGGGCUUAGCGCUGGGCACGCUCUACGGAAACGUCUUUUCGCAGACCACCAUCUGUAGAUUUGAGGCUCUGCAGCUGAGUUUCAAGAACAUGUGCAAACUUAAGCCUCUGCUUAACAAAUGGCUCGAGGAGACAGAUUCAAACACGGGCAGCCCCACGAAUUUGGACAAGAUUGCGGCACAGGGCCGGAAACGAAAGAAGAGGACCUCCAUCGAAGUCGGAGUCAAAGGGGCACUGGAAAACCAUUUCUUAAAGUGCCCCAAGCCCUCCGCCCACGAAAUCACCUCUUUAGCUGGCACUCUGCAGUUGGAAAAAGAGGUUGUGCGUGUGUGGUUUUGCAACAGAAGACAGAAAGAGAAAAGAAUGACACCGGUGGGGGUCCCUCAUCCAACCAUGGAGGACGUAUACUCACAAGCGGAGACACCCCCUCUCCAUCACACGCUACAGAGUCCUGUCCAGUGACUGCUAUCAUAAACAGUGUCCUUGUUUGAAAAGAAACUACAAUGGAUUUUGUUUAUCUCCUUUGUUUGUUUAGGCCUAUCCCAAGACACCAGAGACAGAAAGUUUGGGAAGAGUUCGCUGACAGUGAGCGGACAGGUUACGGGACGCCAGUAAUUCUGAAUAACGUGAAAAUGCAUUAAUUACCGCGCCAGCUUCGCGCGCAUUUAUCAAAUCAGUACCAGUGUUUACGAAAAUAGUAUCGUUUGUGCCACUAAGGAAAAAUUCGAUCCUUUCACCGCCGAUCAAAGGAGCUGCGAGCCACAAAAAGGGCAAUGUCUCCUUGGACAAAGGAGAGGGGACAGUGAUUCUAUUAAAGCGAGUAACCAGAUUAAUUAUCAAAAUGAAUUAUCUGAUAUUAUCUGUGUUGUUUACUUUAUUUGGAAUGUUUUACCGUUAAGAUCCUUUUUUUUCUUCUGUCUAGCGAGUAUUUUACUUUAAAUUCAACUAAGACAGAUGAAAUUCUUGAUGUAAAGAACAGGCACUUGGUCAAAACCUCCAAAACAAGCAAGUGCAACAGAAACUGUUUACAAGAAUCAUUUCUUAGCACCUGAUACCGUCUGAAGAUGCAUAGACGUUAAAAUGGCAACAUGAAUACACUGUCUGAAACAAUAUUUAGUCAUAUUGAGUUCUACUGCUUUCAUUUUUUCCCUCUUUGCAUGAGGCACUUAUAAUGUUAUUUUAUUAUUAUUCUUUUUUUCACAAUGUAUUUGUUCGAGGUAUACGACAUUAAUGCUUUGCUUGUUUACAGUUUUCUUUUCCAAUUUCGUGUUAUUUUGAACCGGCACUAUUCCAGCAAGUCUGCUCCAGCUAAACAUAUUGAGAGUGAUGCGUCAAAAUGAAAAAGAAAGAAAUAUCUCAGGUAAUUUUCAGUGCCCAAAAAUCGUGCUGUACUCUUAGUUCUUCUUGAAUAUUGGCCAACUCUUGACACUCUCUAUGUCAGCUGUGCCCGUUUAGUUUAUGUUAAUUACAUUUUGCAUCCUACUCAUGAGCCUGGACAAGGAGAAAAGUAGUUGUUGUAGUGAAUAACGGAUGUGUUUUCGAGACUUCAUUUCAGGAUUGGGGAAAAAAAAUAGGAGGCUGAUAACGUUUCGUGUUGUUUCUCAAGGUCUGGCAUUUUUCAUUGGACAGCAGGUGUUCAUUUCUCCAAUGUUAUUUGAAACAGUGUGAAUAAACAACCUUUUCCAAAAAAGUAAUAAAAAUAAAAAUAAAUUACAAGAGAAAAGAUUUUAAAUAAAUAGUUGUCAGGAUUAUUUCCAAUAUGUAAAUAUGUCGAAUAUGUAAACAUAUGUAUUUGUUCUGGGUUAGUUUUGUUUUGUUUUGUUUUGUUUUCCGGGCAGUUUUGUACACUUACUAAUUCCAAGAAGAUAUUUUAAUAUUUCAUUUAUGACCAUUUAUAUAUCUAUAUAUUUAUUUCCUAAGUGUGUUUGGAGCUUUUUUUUGUUCGGCUCUGUUGAUUAUGUUGCAGUGGAUUACAAAUGUUUUGUUUACUACAUUGGUUGUUUGUUGAUUGCGAAAUGUAGACUGCAAAGUCACGUUUAUAUUUAUGUUAUAGUAAUAUUUUAUUACUUACAUAAAACAUAUAUACAAGAACACGACUUCUGUCUUUUUUGAAGCACAUUUUCACGCAUAUCAUGGUGAUAGUGAACGAAAUAAAAGUUUAUGAAAAGA